CAAAAUCACAGAGAGAGGUGGUUUCAAUGAUGCCAUAUUUGUACCUUUGAUCCUUUGUAUCUGAUAUGUCUAAUCUCAUUUUAGCUCUUUCUGAUCUGGAGAUUGUGGCCCAAUCAAUCUCAUUUUUUUUGGCUGGCUAUGAUACUACAAGCACUGCUCUUUCCUCUAUAAUGUAUACACUGGCCACUCACCCUGAUGCCCAGAUGAAACUCCAGCAUGAAAUUGACACAGUUCUGCCCAAUAAGGCACCUGCCACUUACGAGGCCCUGGGAAGGAUGGAGUAUCUGGACAUGGUAGUGAAUGAAACUCUGAGAUUAUAUCCUCCUACUUUCAGAAUUUCCAGACUCAGCAAGAAAGAUGCCCAAAUCAAUGGUGUGUUCAUUCUCAAAAAUACCAGUGUAACUGUACCUGUCUUUACUCUUCACCACGAUCCGGAGCACUGGACAGAGCCUGGAAACUUCCUCCCUGAAAGGCUCAGCAAGGAGAACAAAGAUAGAAUCAAUCCUUAUGUAUACAUGCCUUUUGGAAUUGGUCCUAGAAACUGCAUUGGCAUGAGAUUUGCUCUCCUAAACAUGAAGCUUGCUGCUGUCAAAAUCCUGCAGAACUUUGGCAUACACACUUGUGAAGAAACAGAGGCUGACCCUGUUACCUGUUCUAUCUCUACUCCUAACGUUCAGAUGAAGUGCAGUCAGCCCACUUCCUGCUCCUGCUACCAUAUCGUCACUGCCUGUUGCCACAGCUUCGUCCACCAUACUUCCCUGCGUUCCUCUGGAACUAAAAGCUGAGUAUCCCUGCCUUCCCUUAAGAUGAUGUUUGUCAAAGACAUUUUAUUACAGCAAGAGAAAAGUAAAGCUAAAAUAGAUUGUCAAGACAGUUAAUUAAUUGUAGAAAUUUUUAUAAAGAUAAACCUUAUGAAAUGUU